UUCAGCAAGUCUCCAACUUCUGUCUCCGAAGGGGGAAAGCAUCUGUUGAGGAGAGGUCUGUGCUCACUGGAACAGGGCGCACGCUCUUCUCUGGAGGAGAAUUUGCGCUUUGGAGCAUCUGGAUACUGUCGGGAAGUUACCUCUUGUUUAUCAAGGUUUUUCCAGGAGUUGAACGAGGGAGCUGUCAGAAAGUUGUUGUUGCAAAAAGCACAAGGACGAAAGACAGGGUAAACAAACCAAAGGAGCGAUAGAGAGGAGAGGUGACCUGGCCGAAGCGACAUGUUUGGCAUGAUAAAGAAUUCGCUCUUCGGAAACAGCGAGGAGACGGAAUAUAAAUUGCUCAGCAGCGAGACGAAGGAUGGAGUUAGCUUUGAGGUGCGGCGGUAUGAUGGUGCCAAAUACGCUGUGAUCUCCUCUGAGGGACGAUCCUUUGACCAAGUGACAGGGGAGCUGGUGAGGAAGCUGCUUAUGUAUAUUGGCGGGAGCAAUGAACAAGGUGAGGCCAUGGGUACAGCAGCUCCCAUAAUCAUCACUGUGUACCCACGGAAUGACGGUGUUCUGUCUCGCCGCUUGGUGGUCGGCAUCCGCAUCCCCUCCAACUACCAGCAAAGCCCCCCAACUCCCACCGACAGUGCCAUCAGGAUUGAGGAGCAGCACGGCAUGACUGUCUAUGCUCUGCAGUUUGGAGGCUUUGCAGGGGAGAGUGAGUACCGAGCAGAGGCCUUGCGUUUGACACGCACCCUGGGUGAGACAGCCCCCUUUCAGCGCAAGCAGUACUUCUGCUGCAGCUAUGACCCACCGCUCAAGCCUUAUGGACGCCGCAACGAGGUGUGGUUUCUACAGGAGGAGCCGUAGGAGCCGUUUGAUCAGAUCUGAGUCAAAUCUCAUGCUGAAUCCUUUAUUCAACCUUAAUUACCCUGACAAACCUGUAGCUCUAACAGUAUUUGAUUGGUAAGAGCAAUAUGGUGACCUGAUAGCCCUUUGAACCCCAAUGGACAGAUAGAGAUUACCCACGUUGCCUUUAUCCAUCUGAUCUUCUGCUUGUCACACAUUCAGUAGCAGUGAAGUUAGGUGUUCAAGCAAUGGGACAAAUUAAAAUUUAACAUCAAGAGCAUUAGCAUUUUCUCUUUCAUUAGCUAAUUUUCUUUCAUUUCUAAUUUAAACUCACCCCUUGUAGCUCUGGGUGAUUAAAGAAAUCAAUGACUUUAAAAGGUGCAAUGUGUAAGAUUUGGCCAGAAUUUGGUUUCAAACAUUAACGUUAUCAACAGAAUGUGCAGAAGGAACAGCUCUGACAUCUAUGUAUUGUGUUGCAGAGAUAUCUACUUAAACAAGAAACAAGUUUGCUAUAUUAAACAAGCUCUCUUCGCUUUUUUAUUCUAAUAAAUAAACAUAAAGUCCAAAUGUCAAGAAAGGAAAUACUCUCACUUCUAUUUUCCUUAUCAAACAGAUAAAAUACAAAUACAACACAGUACACAGCUAACUGUGCUAACGAGUUAGCAGCACUUACGACCUGAUAUGUGAUAUGCUGCUCUAGACAAAUACAGUGUCAAGAAGUUGAAAGUAUUAGUUGGAGUUGCGUGCAAUACGUUUCAGUAUGUACUACUGUGACAGAGUUCAGUUCUCUAAGUUUCUCUAAUUUUCUUCAAUUUAAAAAAAUUACCUUUAGAUAAACUGUUAUCUAAGCAACUCAGUGAGUAAUGUCUCUGUAUUUUAAAUUCAUGAGUUGAUUUUUUCCAUUCCUUUUAGAAGUACAUGUUCAUCCCAAAGGGUCGAUAAAUACCCUGUAGAGCUGUCAUCUCCCUGAAGAACACAGUAGGGCUUUGCACAUCUUUAAUCUAGUUUACACUUAAGUGGCGGCUACAGAGAAAUGUAUAGAAUUAACUUUAGAUACAUGGUAGUAAAAAGCACACUUCCUUUUCCUAAGUAAGGAACUGGAAGGAAACAGGAGUCGAGCCAUAAAGUAGAACUAGUCUUUAUGAAUUAAUGGGUGGUCAGCUGUGGGUGUAAAUUAGCUAGGUAGCUUUAGGUGUUAUUAUAAACUGUGUGGUUAUGUGUUGAUUCAGAAAGCAUUUCUGUGUAGUGAAUAUUUUGUGUUUUAGUGCAUGACAUCUUUACUUAAUCACUGUUGAAACAGUAUUAUUGGAUACAUCUGUCCAUUGUGAUUUUCUGUGAUCAGAGUGAACAGUAUGUUCACGUUUGAUGGUGUUUCAUAGCAUAAUAAAUAUAUUAUUCAGUAA